CGAACUUGGUCAGAUCGAUAAAAUUGUGAUACAACGUCUGCUGAACAGAGCAGUCUACCUCCCUGGGCUGAGAUUUGAUACAGCGUCUGCUGAACAGGGCAAUCUACCCCCCUGGGCUCAGAUCCGAUACGAUGUCUGCUAA